AAACGGAAGGUUCACCGUUAGAUAGAAUAAAUCCCAAAACUAAAGAAGAAUUUGAUGAAUUUUCUAAUCUUUUGGUUGAACGUAUUAGAAAAUAUGAGAAACAAGGUCUAUACGUAAAUUUCAUUAAUGGAUUCGUUCGUGAAUUAUGUUCUUCACUUAAGGACGUUGAUAUUCGUAAAGUUUCUAGUACAUUGGCAACAGUGGCAAAUGAAAAAGCAAAAGCUUCGAAGGAGGCUCAAAAAUCGAAGAAAAAAAAAGCCAAACCGUCACUUCAGGCAGGUAAAGAUGACAUCCUUGAUACGGUAGAUUACGGAAAUUAUGAUGAUGAAUAUGACGAUUUUAU